AUGCAGCCUGUGUUGAACCUUAGAUGCAGGGAGCAGGGAGAGAGCUCUUUGCAACACAUCAUGUCAACAAGGGUUACUUUGGGUACAGGAGAAGGAGGCUCAUUUUCUGAUCCUGGCAUGCUUCGUGAUCCACAAAAAAACCCCAAACUUCCUCAAGAGCUUAGUCUUAAGGAGCAGCAGGAACAAAGACGGAAAAUUAACAGCCGUGAACGAAAGAGGAUGCAGGACCUAAAUUUAGCCAUGGAUGCUUUGCGAGAGGUUAUGCUACCAUAUGCUUCAUCACCAUCCUCAACUUUGGGUGUAGGAGGAGGGUUGCAACAUCCUUAUUUGCCCCUUGGAACCCCUCUAAGUGGUCGACGCCUUUCCAAGAUCUCUACUCUGGUGUUGGCUCGCAACUAUAUCUUGAUCCUCAGCACCUCCCUUCAAGAAAUGAGAAGACUACUAGGUGAAAUCAGCACUGGCGGGACUGUACCACACCUGCUUUUGGCAGGAGGCUGUCCAUUCUUCACGGGGCAAGGACAGCUUCUGCUUAACCCACCAGAGCAACCACUUGGUCUGUCUCCAAUGCCAAUGAAUAGUGCCCCAGCCCAGGAGGAAUCCACUGUAUGGGGUUCUCGGGGUGUAGCAGGGACACCACUUUGCCAUUGUGGGGUAUGUAGGGUACCUAGAAUGCUGCAUGCACUUCCUACAUCUUGUUUUCAGAAAUGAGAUUUUGUAAUAAUACAAGCAAAUGAACCAUGUUUGUCUUCUGUUUUAUAGUUAUUACAUCAAUGUUUUAUUGGAUUAUUAUUAUGGUUUCACAUGUUUUUAAAAUGUUGCACCAAACAGAAAACUA